AUGGCAGCAGCUUCCAAGGCGUCUCUGCAUGUGUACGGAGGUUUCCCCACCGAGAAACAGGCUUUGUCGAGAGAGUGUCCGUUCCACCUUCAAGGCUGGGCUAUGUCAACUAUUACCCCAUCCGUUCUCUGCUUGGCGGGGGAGACCAAAGCUAGCGAAACUAGAGACUCUGUUAUCGCGGCCGAGGAUGGAUGCCCACAGUGGAGCAUAGUAGCACGGAGCCGGCCGGAGUUGGCUAUCGAUGCAUCCCGCAUAGUUCCCCGCAGUUGGAACUAA